UCUUGAAUUUUAGUUACUUUUUUUUUUUUUUUUUUUUUUACCAAUUUAUUUUUAUUAUUUAGGCCUAUUAAUUUUUUUUAUUAUUGUUAUUAUUAUCCUGUCUUAUCGUAUGCGUAACUGAAAAAUGUGUGUGUGGUUUUUUUUCAAUCCAUGCUAUGGUUACCAGAUUGGGAUAGGCGGGGUUAUAAUUUACAUAAUGUAGAUGUUUCUAGAAAUAAACACCCGAGUAGAAAAUCCUUCGGGUUUUUUCCGGACUGUUGUUUAGCUAUAUGACGGAAAAGGCCGAUCUGGUUCCGAACCACGACAGUUCUCCCCCUUUGAAUGUUUUUGUUGCCAUUGCGCAUGUUCACUGUCUCAAGGGUAGAUGUUUGCAAACACCAUGGCGUCGAAAGACAGUUUAGAAGACUUGGAUCUGAAACCUGAUGAAUUAAAGCGAAUAACAGAAGCUUUGAAAGAUGAAAAAUUCCGUAAGCUUUUCGUGGAGUAUGCUGAAGAAAUUUCAGAUCCAGAAAAUAGACGUCGUUAUGAGGAAGAGAUUCGUCAAAUGGAAAAUGAACGUGGAAUGGAUGUCCAGUUCAUUCAUCCAAAACCUGGCCAUGUUCUGAAGACAACCGUAAAUGGAACCAAACUCGCGUUUAUUAACAUUUGUCUUAAUGACAAAAUUGAAAAACCAUCAUUCGAACCAAAGCGUAGACCUGACGAUCGUACUGGAAUGUUUUGUCAGAUUCCACAUUCAUUUGCGCCUGAACGCGAAGACGUCGAUGAAGGCACCAACUGUGUUGUCUUUGAUUUUGUUAUUCACCCAGAUACUUACCGAAUGGCAGAAACAAAUGAUCGCUACCUAAAAAUGAUUUAUGACGUUGCAUUUGAUGGCAUUGAAGAGAAAUUUAAUACGAAAGUAGACCGAAAAAAUUUCAAGAGAAUUAAACUGGAAUUUAAAGGAAUACCACAAGCAACGGUUAUAAGAACACGUCACUCCACAGAGACAUCCACGGAAAAACCGCCAGUCACAGAUGAUGUUUUAAAAAACAUGCCAUAUCCAUAUGAUAGCAAAACCACUGCAGAGAAAACUCGUGAAUUGGAACAACAGUUCAAGAAGCGUAAGGAUGAAAAGCAGAAGAAAGAACUGAAGAUGAAGAAAGGGAAGACCAAAGAAGACAGCGAUGCAACCACUCCAAAGUACACUAUCACUCACAGAUCAGAAAUGGAUCUUCAAGAAUAUUGCAACAAACCAGAUUCACGACCGUCAACAAGACCUAAAGCUUUAGUUUUUAAAAUUGAGCUUCCACUCCUCUCAUCAGCAGCACCUGUAAAUCUGGACAUAUUUGAACAGAGGCUUGUUUUAGAGUCGGUAAAACCUGCAAGAUACAAAUUGGACAUCCGCCUACCAUAUCCAGUCAAUGAUGAUGAAGGUUCAGCCAAGUUUGACAAGGCUAAGCAUUGUCUAAUUAUAACCUUGCCAGUCAUUCCAGAUGUGAUCCCCAAGUUGCCAUCUUUCAUUGACGAUGAAAGCCAACACAAUGGCGAUGCUGCUGAUACCAGUGCAGAUCUGUCAACUUCUAAAGAUAAUAAAUCAUUGAUAGAGGAACUUCCUCCAUCUUUAACCGAAUCUUCAAAAGAUGAAAAAGAAUUAAAACUGGAUCAGACUGGGGAUUAUGGUACUGAAGAACCAUCUAAGAAGCUUGAGAAAGAGAUGCAAGUUGCAUAUAGCUUUCCUGAUUAUGAUUUUUCUCAAGAUAAUGACACUGUCUCAUUUGUAUUCAAUGUCAAGCGAAUAUCACCAGAAACUGUAACAAAAUCAUUUCCCUCGCAAGACUCUGUAACUUUAAAAUUUGUUUCAGUGGGCUCAGGGUAUUUCCCAAUGUACUAUAGUGUGCACAUCAAGUUUGGCCAUGGGUGUGAUAUUGUUGCUGAUCAGUGCAGCGUGGAGACGUCUGAGCAGAAUGCCGUGCUGCUGCUGUUGAAGGCUCGGAACUGCAGAGGGAUUUGGGACCGAUUUCAAGUUGGGCUUGAUGCUGAUCACUUGGAGGAGAAGCUAUUUGUGACGGAAGACAACCUGCAGCAGCAGCUGGAUGCGAUGGACCGAGAGGCUGAAGAGCUCGAGCAGCUGAAACUUGACGAGGACAAACAGCCGCAAGUCCAGGUCACGGAGAUGAACGAAAAGAAACUCACAAUACAGAUCAAGAGUGUUGGAAUUCCAGAAGAUGCAGAUAACGAUGAAUACGACGGACCGUCUUCAGCUGAUAUUGAGGUCAUCCACGAAAAGAAUGGACCCAAGCUGCAGAGCAUUCUUAAACAGAGGACCCUGUCGGAAUCGAGCGAUGAUUAUGGAGAAAAUUCUCGACUAUCUCCUGAAGAUGAACUUUCAUUGUCUUUAAACGGUCGAUUCAGAAAAUCUGUUUCAUUUAACAACCACAUUGAUAAGACAACUUACAAACCAACUGCAUCGCCCACGAGUAUGAAAACAGCUCUGAAAAGUAAACGCCGACGGGCCCGCAAGAAGGAUGAGAAAAUCAACAAGAAAGUUGGACGCAGGCGACACAAUAGCGGCGGCUCUGAAGGCAGCAGUGGGGACGACCUCAGCUCCGAACACACAAACUCCGACUCGCAGACGGAAGACAAGAAUGGAGAAUUUGAGCAGAUUGACGAGGAGGCUGUUGAUGUCGCUGCUGAAUUGCAGUUGGCGGAUGUGUUACCAGGCAAAGAUAACCAGGAUUUUAGGACUAGUGGUGAAGUUUGUGUCGGAGAUAGUAAUUUAGUUGAUUUGAAACAGCAGGGAAAUGAUUUGAAACAACGGAAAAAUGAUGAUAGAGGUGAUGAAUGUAAAACCAUGUUUGCUCCAGAUGAUAAAAUGGCCACUGACAGUGAUGAUGAUGAUGAUGAUGUGGGGGGUAGGACUAGUAAGUCGGUGUCUGAAGUGGAACCUAGAACAGAUGGUCACAUGUAUUCUGGUGGUGAUAACAAGAAUUUGGAUGGUAAAUCUAUUAAAACUACAUCGGCACCAGUUAUAGAUGCUCAGAUUGUGUCCUCAGAAGAUGUAUCCCGCCCAGGCUCUUUGAAGCAGCUUGUGGAAGAGGAUGGGUCUUCUUUCAUCAGAAUCAAUGCCAAUUACAACAAGCAGACAGACCAGCACAACUGUGAUAACAUGCAGCCCACUCACAAGCAGAAUGGUGAAAACAACAACAAAGAUCCAGAUGAUGAUAACAUUAACUCAGAAUUGAGCUGGAAAGAAAGUGAAGUCCCAGGAUUUGAUAACGAACACAGGACUCAGUGUGCAUUUAAGUUUUCCAAUUCUCUGAUAUAUGACCUGGAUAUAGACUAGGAUGUAUGGGUGUGAUAUGAGGUUUGAUGAUUGCUGAAUAUACACUUUGAUUGUACAGCAGUUGCAAUUCAUUCUUUAUUCAGAUAUCAUAUGUUGGCAAUAUUUUGUAAAAUAUUUGCAUGGCUUUAAGGUGCUGUCUCAAAGUUAGUGUUUAGCUAUUUUUAUAUUAUUUCUGAUAAAUAACUACAAAUUAAUAAAUCCCAUGCUUGUAUAGAUGACUCCGAAAUAUCAAAAUUUUAAGCAGUCUCAUCCAGUACAACUAGGUAACCUAAGGUUCCUGUCUUAUCAAAUCUCAUGAAAUAGGAAAAUCCACAAAAUGUACCUAGCCAGCUGUCGGGUAGGUAGACCCAUCGGAGACGGAUGAUUUGCAAUAAGAUGUGUGGGUAACAUUACAGAAUUUAACUUCAACUUAACACUCCCAAUUCCAUUGAUCAUCCUUAAAAGUUCCCAAAUAAAAAUGUUUUUGUUUUUUUCUACUAGUAAAUUAAAUGAUUUGGUUGUAUUUUUUUAUGGGAAUAUUGUUGAAGAUAUGUCUAUAUAUAUUUGAAAGCAAAAGUUAAUAAUUUUGGCAGUAAGCUGCCAUUAUGCAACUUUGAGAUAUCACCUUAAAGCAAUGGUACCUAGUACUGUUUAUUUAUGUGUUGAGGCAAUUGUUAAGGACUGUUCACAGUUAUGAACAUUUUCACAAGCAUGCAAACUAUAUGCUAGGAUGGAAUGACAGUGUGUGCUUUUAAAAUGAAGAAUGUUGAUGAGUAUAUUUCUUACAAAUCAACAUUUUUUAUUUACACUUCUAUUAGGGAGUACCCCCCCCCCCCCCCCCCCCCCCCCCCCCAAAAAAAAGAAGAAGAAAAGACCCCCAACAAACAACCCAAACAAAACAAAACAAAACAAGUAUGGUUUCUGUGCUCAUGAAAAUGUUUGUCAUUGUGAUUAGCCUUGUCUUAGUUCAUAGCUUAUAAUUCAGUAAAUUUCUAAAUUUAAUGGAUUGUUCCUUUUUUUUCUUUUUCUUUUUUUAAAGAACACUUGACUGGAGACUUGUUAAACUGUCUACAUAUCAACUUGACAAUGUGCAGGUGCUUUUUUUUCUUCUUCUUUUUUCUUUUGAGGCAGAGUUCAUUUUAUUUCUUCAUCAAUGUCUAAGUGAAAGUUGAGUCCUAGACGUGGUCCUACUGACAACCCAGUACAUAUCUUCAUAUUAAACCACUGUUGAUAAAACAAAUAAAAACAGUAUGAUAAUAUAAAAUGAUUAAAAGUUGAUAAGACUUUUCCAUAUCCCAUGUCUAAAAUCAUUGCUCAAGUUGCAGGCAUGCUUUGUCCUUUUGGUUACAAAUCUUAAUGUGCAAACCACUUCGAACCAAAACAAGUAGUAGACCACAUACUUGUAGGCGCCAAUAACAUAUUUAAUACUGUUUCAUAAAAUUAUUUAAGCUACUUGACUGAGAACUAUUGCUUGAGUUUAGCAGAUAAAUAGACUGCUUCUUUGAAAGUUGACAGUGGAUUACUUAGCCCUGUAAUUAAUAUAAUACCAGUUUAGUAGAUAAAUGGACUGUGUUGACGGAUUACAAAUCUAAAACUAUUGCUUGAGUUUAGCAGAUAAAUAGACUGCUUCUUUGAAAGUUGACAGUGGAUUACAGACCUGUCUAAAAUCCACUUAGCCCUGUAAUUAACAUAAUAGAAGUUCAGUAGAUAAAUGGACUGUUUUCGUGAGAGUUGACAGUGGAUUAUAGAUCUAGAACCCAACAAUUAAUAUAAUCUAUUAUUAUUAUAUUAGUUUAGUAGAUAAAUGGACUUGUUUCCUUUAGAGUUGACUGGAUUACAGAUCUAAAAUCCAUAUAAUCCUGGUUGUCCAGUUAAUUUAAACCAGUUGUUUCAGUACCACAAAGUGGUCUUAAUUAAACCAUAUAUGUACAUCAGCUGUUAUUCAGUUGUAUUUGAGUUAGUAUUCCAUGUAACCAGACAUCAUGGUAUAUAUUGCUGACUCUACAAAUUAUAUUAAUUUGUAGCAAUUACUUGUGUGUGUGGUGUGACAGUGUUUGUUGAUGCAUUUUGAAUUUUGGCUCUCCUUUGUCAUGUGAUGGUUGUACAGUCAGUGAUAACUGUUGUUUGUGAAAUGAUAUAGUAGAGGUGUAAACAUGAAUUGGACAAAGGGACAAAACAAAUAGAUAAUGCAUUUCAAGUAUUGAUUUUGCUAUUACCUAUAUCCAGGAUGGGUUAAGAUAUUUGAUUGUACAAGUAUGCUGUGUGACAAUCUGCUUGACUAUGCCUCAUUUUCUAUUUCUGACGGCUAAUAAAGAAAAUAAAACAUAA